AAAUAACUUUAAUUUCUCUGCUUUUUUUUCAUCACAGGGAAGCACUUGGAGAAUAUUUAGAUGGGAAGAAGGAGAGUGAGGAAGAUCAAAGCAAGAGCCACAAACAGAAAGAAGAAAGUCGAUUGAAAUUGGCUAAACUGCUGCUCUGUGGCACGGAGUUUGUGACAAAUAUCCAAGUGGCUACAGAUAUCAGAGAGAUCCACAGGAGAGUUGAAGAAGAGGAGAUAAAGCGUCAGAGAAUUGAGAAACUGGAGAAUGAGGUUAAGACCAGCCAGGACAAAUUUGAUGAAAUCACUGCAAAGUGGGAGGAGGGCAAACAGAAGAGUAUUCCCCAGGACCUGUGGGACGUGCUCAACACUCAGCAGCUGCACUGUGCUGGGCUGAUAGAAGACAAAAACAAGCUUAUCAGCGAGUUACAGCAGGAGUUAAAAACAAAGGAUGACCAGUAUGUGAAGGAUUUGAAGAAACAGUCAGAUGACAUCUGCCUGCUUCUGGAGAGGAUGGAGGAACAAGUGAAGAAUGUAAUGAAAAGCUUCCGUCAGGAGCUCCAUCACAUCGAGAAAGCAUUUGAGAUGGAACGACAAGAGCUACUGACCAGUAAUAAGAAGAAAUGGGAGCGGGCACUGCAGGCCCACAAUGCCAAAGAGCUGGAGUAUCUUAUCAACCGCAUUAAGAAAGCAGAUGAGUAUGAGAAGCAGCUGAACAAGCAGAGGAUCUGGGAUUGCGAAGAGUACAACAUGAUCAAGAUCAAGCUGGAGCAGGAUGUGCAGAUCCUCGAGCAACAGCUUCAGCAUAUGAAAGCAACUUAUCAGCUAAACCAAGAGAAGUUAGAGUACAACUUCCAGGUGCUGAAGAAGAGAGAUGAGGAAAGCACGGUGAUUAAAUCACAGCAGAAGAGGAAGAUCAAUCGCCUGCAUGAUAUACUCAACAAUCUGAGAUCAAAAUAUGCCAAGCAGAUAAAACAGUUUCAGGAGGAGAACCAGUCUCUAACAUCAGACUACAAGCGUCUUGUGAUGCAAUUCAAGGAGCUACAGAAAGCCAUGAGGCACUUUGCUCUUAUUGAUGAUGAGAAGUUUCGGGAGAUUUGGCUGAUGAAUGAAGAGGAAGCAAAGGAUCUAAUAGGCAGAGCCCUCGAUGUAGACAGGAUCAUCCAUACUCAUCAUCUGGGACUCCCCUGGACGGCGCCUGACUUCUGGUUCCUGAAGAAUGUGGGGCCGAUUUCUCAGCAGCAGCGGAAGUCCGCCACACAAAUAGUAGAGGAAGUGCUGAUGCAAACAGAAGAGGAGGGGGUAGAAGAGGCUGCCUCAGAAUCAGAAUCUUAUCUGGACCUGCCAAAGCAAGUUUCAGCAAAAACUACCAGAAAGAUCCUGAUGCUCCUGUGUGAUGAAUCGGGUUUCCUCAUAGAGAACAAGCUGCUGAGCCUGCUCCUUCCCCUGGAGAAGAGCGAGUGCUACCUGCUGAGGCUGGAUGCCAUCUUCUCAUCUCUUCACACACUCCUGCUUGUAAUAUCCCCAUCCCACAGUUGCCCCCACACCUUUCCCCAGAUCACCACCGGGAAUCCAGCCACCAUGGAGAAGACAAGCUUGGUGUUGGCGUUGGAGAUGGCAGAACAGACAGAGCUGGAGGGAGGAAAGGAGGAAAGCCUCGUGGAUGGGGAGCCGGAGGAGGAGGGGGAGCCGGAGGAGAAGGUGGAGCAGGAAAAAGAGAUCCCACCUUCUCCUAGGCUCAUCCACCCCAAUGACGUCCUCAAGAUUCUGGAGGCCUUUGUCAAGGGUCUGAAGAAGCCCAGGGACUUUCGGGCACCACUGAGAGUGCUGAAGGGCGUGCGAGAUGACUCAAAGGACUCUGAGUACUGGAAGGCCCUGACCACGGUUAUCCCCUCUGCCAGGCAGAGCCUCUGGGAUGCUCUCUACACAGCCUUGGAGAAAUACCACCAUGUCCUGACCCAGAGGGCCAAUCUGCUGAUGGAAAACGAGUCUCUGGAGCAGCAGAACACAGAGCUCCAGAUGCUGCUUCAGCAGUAUCUGGCCUCCAAGAUAAACUCUGAACUGCAAGUUCCUCCAACUCAGGUGUUCCGGGUCCCCACAAAACAGAGCCGGACCCUAGAAAGCUGAUGUGUUGACACUGACGCUGGUGCUAGAACUGGCACCUGUCACAAUGAGGCAGUAUCCUGCAGUAAUGAUGAACCUGUAUCCUGAAGUUGUGAUUAAAGUCUUUUAAAAGUUG